AUGGGCGAAAUCGCAGCUGAAUCAAAUCGAGACUCUCGCGCCCAGGCGGCGAUGAAGAAUCGUUGGACAUCCCUAUUACACAACCCCAAGCUAAUGGUCAUUGCGCUAUUCGCUUCGGUUGGCGGAUUCGAGUAUGGAUAUCAACAGGGAGUGCUGGGCCAGUCCCUGGUUAUGACUCGCUUUACAGACAAUUUCCCUACUGUCGUUGCGUCCUCUAGCGCUACCGGCUGGCUCACAUCAAUCCUACAACUGGGCGGUAUUCUCGGCUCUCUCUCCGCCGGAAUCUUGGGCGAAAUAUUUUCUCGAAAGUACACUAUGUUUUCAGCUUGUUGCUGGGUUGUCCUUGGAAGCUAUCUCUAUUGCGGAGCCAGCUACCAUAAGCCAGGCUUGUUAUAUGCGGGCAGAUUCUUUACCGGUCUUGGAGUUGGAACUUUCAGUGGCGUUGGUCCUCUUUAUAACGCCGAGUUAUCAGCUCCCGAGCUUCGCGGAUUCUUGGUCUCAUUUUACCAAUUCGCAACGAUUUUUGGAAUUAUGUUGUCCUUCUGGAUAGGAUAUGGAAGUAACAAUAUUGGCGGUAUCGGAGAAACACAAUCCGACAUGGCCUGGCGGCUUCCUUCUAUCAUCCAGGGCAUUCCUGCCGUAUUACUUGCCUGUGGAAUUUGGUGGCUGCCGUUCUCCCCCCGCUGGCUUGUCAAAAAGGGUAGAGUUCAGGAGGCACUUUCUACUUUGUCCUACCUACGCAACCUACCCGAGGAGCAUGAGCUAAUCCAGGCUGAACUCAGGGAGAUUGAAGCAGAGAGUCUCUUCGAAAGGCGAUCCUUUGCAAAGACGUUCCCUAAUCUGGCGGCCAAGGAGCAAGGAAGCAUAUUGGUCCGCGAAUUCGCCCAGUAUUAUCAGAUCUUCCGAACCUGGGAUAACUUCAAGCGCGUCGCCAUUGCUUGGCUUAUCAUGUUCUUCCAGCAAUGGAGUGGUAUUGAUGCUAUUAUUUACUACGCCAGCACCGUGUUUCAGAGCUUGGGUCUAACUGGAGGAACUCAAGCCCUGCUCGCCACCGGAGUCACGGGAGUCGUGUUCUUUGUAUGCACUCUCCCGGCCAUGCCUCUAAUCGACAGAAUUGGUCGAAAGCCCAUGCUAUAUGCCGGUUCUGCUGUUAUGUGGAUCUCAAUGGUCCUGGUCGGUAUAAUUGUCGCCAAGUUUGGAAACGACUUUGAAAAUCAUUCAAACGCUGGCUGGGCUGCAGUGGCUUUCAUCUGGAUCUAUGUCGGUGCAUUCGGGGCUACCUGGGGUCCAGUAUCAUGGACAUUGGUAGCAGAAAUAUUCCCCCUUUCUAUCCGAUCGAAGGGCUCAUCUUUUGGUGCAUCAAGCAAUUGGCUCAACAACUUCGCUGUCGCUUUCUUCGUUCCCCCUAUGUUCCAGGCUUGGAAAUGGGGCACAUAUAUUUUCUUCGCCGUCUUUCUUGCUGCUAGCAUUGUAUGGAUUUAUUUUUUCCUCCCAGAGACCAAGGGCGCGACAUUGGAGGAGAUGGAUCGUGUUUUCAAGAGUCGCUCAGGGGAAAUGGAUCUAAUCAUGUUAGAUGAGGCACGUCGUGACGUCGCAAUGGCCCACAAUGCUGCAUUGGAAGUCGAAAAGGAAAUGGUCGCUCAUGAGGAGGAGCGUUGCUCGUUGAAACAUUAG